AUGGGGGAUGAAGCUAGACAUCAUGACGGGUAUGUCCCUCCAUUUGCUAAUGUUGAUAUGAUUCCGCCUCACCAUCCACAAAAUGUUGAGGUAGCACCAGUGCAACAAAAGGCAAAUACUUUUGAGAUCAAAACUAGCACGAUUACUCUACUUGAGAAUCGAUGCCAAUUUUAUGGUUUCCCUAGUGAAGAUCCAAAUGCACAUAUUUCAAAAUUUUUGGAGGUGUGCAAUACUUUCAAGAUUCCUAAUGUGACGGAGGAUCAAAUCAAGCUUCGAUUAUUGACAAAAGAAAUUAUUGAUUUCUUUCAACAUGAUGGAGAAGCUUUGUAUGGAGCGUGGGAGAGAUUCAAUGAACUUCAACAAAGUUGCCCACACCACCAUCUCCAGAAGGAACAUUUAAUUCAGAUAUUUUAUAAUAGUAUUAAUGAGCAUACUAGAGCUACUAUUGAUGCAGCUUCAGGAGGCUCAAUCAUGAGGAAGACGUAUGAAGAAGCUCUUGCAUUGUUAGAUGAGUUGGCUACAAACAGUAGUUCUUGGCCUACUGAGAGGCUGAGACAAACAAAUCAAAGAGGCAUGAUGACCUUAGAGCAGAUCCAAGAGUUGGAGGCAAUGAAAACAAAGAAUGCUUCCCUCCAAGCUCAAGUGGAUUUGUACAAAAGACAAAGGAAUGCUCCGAUAGCAGCAGUGCAAGCAGGAUGCGAAUUUUGUGGAGAUUUCAGCCACUCAGGAGGAGAAUGCUUAGUUUCAAAACAAACCACAAAUGAGCAAGUAAAUUACGCAAAUACAGGAACUUCCAAUUUUCAAUCAAGAAACCGCUAUCAACCUAACCAAGGUAACUUUAAUUCUAACAAUUAUGGUAGUAGGCCACAAAAUCCUCCUGGAUUCCAAUCAAACAGGAAUCAAGAUGAUGGAAGCAAGCUCGAUAAAAUUUUGGAUCGAUUUGAGAAGUUUGAAGCAGAGGCGCGACAGAAAGAUAAAAAUCAAGCAACUGCCUUCCAUCAUCUCGAGGUACAAAUUUCACAAUUGGCAACCUCUAUCCAAGGUAGAAACCAGGGUGGUCUACCUUCCACUACAGAGACAAAUCCCAAAGAGCAAGUUAAGGCUGUUGAGCUUAGGAGCGGGAAGGCUCUUAAUGAUCCACAUGGUAAGAAGCCUAUAAAAGUCAAUGAUGAGCCAAAUGUUGACGAAGCAAGUUCAAGCAAUACAAAGGCAAGAGAGGAGGUAAUAGUCGAGGAUGAAACUCCUGAGGUUAGACCACCACCACCUCCUCUAUAUGUGCCUAAGGUACCAUUUCCAAGUCGACUCAAGAAAACGCUAGACAACCAUAAAUUUCAUAAAUUUUUGGAAAUCUUCAAGAAGCUCCAAAUCAACGUAAGUCUAGCGGAUGCUUUGCGUGAAAUGCCUCAGUAUGCGAAGUUUCUCAAAGACAUAAUUAUGAACAAGCGAAGUUGGAAAGAUAAAGGCACUAUCUCAUUGACUGAAAACUGCAGCUCAAUCAUUUUGAGUGAUUUACCCACAAAACUGAAAGAUCCAGGAAGUUUUACUAUUCCUUGCACCAUUGGAAAUUUAAAUACUGUGAACUGUUUAUGUGAUUUGGGUGCAAGUAUAAAUUUAAUACCUCUGUUUCUUUUCAGAAAUUUAUUUGGUAAUCAAUCAGUAAAACAAACUUCAAAGGUACUCCAAUUGCCCGACCAGUCAAUCAAGAAACCAUAUGGAGUGGUCGAAGAUGUUUUAGUCAAAGUGGAUAAGUUCAUCUUUCAUGUGGACUUUGUUAUUCUUGAUUAUGCAGUUGAUAAGAACUGCCCCAUGAUUCUUGGGCGUCCCUUCAUGAAUACAGGAAGGGCACUAAUCGACGUUCAUGCUGGAAAGUUGACUUUGAGGAUUGACGAAGAUAGUGUGGAAUUUGACAUGAAAAAGUUGAUGUGA